CCCCCUCCUCUCUCUCUCUCUCUCUCUCUCUCAGUGAAUAUACUGUUCUCAGAAGAAAGAAGAAUCAGAAUAGAGAGGUAAAAGGAAAAAUAGCAUCAAAUGGCAGCAUCAAAGCUUCAAGCUCUAUGGAACCACCCUGCUGGGCCAAAAACUAUUCACUUUUGGGCCCCAACUUUCAAAUGGGGUAUCAGCAUUGCCAAUAUUGCUGACUUCUCAAAACCACCUGAAAAGAUCUCUUAUCCUCAGCAAGUUGCUGUUACUUGCACUGGGCUUAUUUGGUCACGCUAUAGUCUGGUGAUUACUCCGAAAAAUUGGAACCUUUUUAGUGUGAACGUUGCAAUGGCUGGAACAGGCAUAUAUCAACUUACGCGAAAAAUACGUCAAGAUUACUUCUCUGAGGUACAAGAGGCACCUGUGGAAGGAUGAGUACGACGUUGACUAUCAUUUUGUUCCAUUUGUGGAAUUUCUCUAGCUCUUUGUUUUAUCUGAUUUGGCUGUAAAAACAAUUUGUAUUUACUCCAGCGAGUGGUUUCUGUUGCUUGUACUCAGAAGAGUUGUUUCCUGGAAUGUUCUGGGAAGGACCUGAUACCUUUCAAUAAAGCCACUUGUUGAUUUGGAAAUGUC